AUGGGUUCGGAAUUGGGAAUCACCGCCGAUUCCAAAGCGGCCAUUGACCUCUCGCCGGUCAGCAUUUGGUGGGUCGUCUGGGGAUGCGUCUGGACGGCCGCCGUGGCCGCUGGCAUGGCAUAUCUGAUCAUCAAUCGAGAUAUGCCUACUCUCCGAAUUCGAGGCCUCGCCUUGUCACUCUCUUCAAUCGUUCUUCUUCAUCUUUACUGGUGGGUCUGCCAAUUUGGCAACAUGGUGGGCGCCCUUCUGCCCGGAGAUGCCCAGUAUUGGAUCAUGGGAACCUAUCUUCCCUGUGGCAUCGCUCUUUUCCACGCCUCCAAUACUCGUUUCCUUCACGUCGCCAAACUUCAGCGCAAGUAUGCUCAGCAUGGUUAUCGUCUCGUCGAUACCACGCCAGACGGAAAGCCCAAGACCGGCUUGAUCAACCGUUUCCGCCGUCUCGACUACACGACCAAGAUCCUCAUCACCGUGGGCAUUGGCAUGUUCGUUCAAGUCUUUCUGACCGUCUUUAAUUAUAUCAUUUCUCGCAAGUGGCAUAGCUCCUGGGGUAUUCCCGGCACCGAGGUCCACGGCAGCGAAAUGGCCCAGAAGACUGCCCAGGGUCAGGGAUGGGAAUGGUGGCCUGGUGUGUUCUGGCAAUUCUUCUGGUCUUGGGUCCUUGCCCCCGUCAUCCUCUGGAAGUCGCGCAACAUUCACGACACCCAAGGCUGGCGUGUGCAGACAAUUGGCUGUGCCCUUGGCAGUCUCCACGCUACCCCCAUGUGGCUCAUCGCUCUUUACGUUCCUGGCAUGGCUCCGGUCAACAAGUACUUUAUUCCUCCACAGUGGAUCUGCUUGUCUAUCUGGAUCAUCGAAAUCUUCACCGUCUUCCUUCCUUGCUGGGAAGUGAUGCGUCACCAGUCCCUUCGUCAAGAAACACUCGACUCGAUUGCUCGGUGGGAGGUCAAGGUGAAGUCCAACAGCUCCGAGAACAAGUCCCUCAACUCGGAAACCACUAUGGUCGAGUCCAUGAUGUCUGGAUGGAAGUCCACCAACGCUUCUAUCAAGUCUACCAGCUCGCGUGAUAGUAUUCUGACCAUGAGCGCUCUUGAGCACGUUCUGGAGCGCAACCCCGCCCCGCUUCAGGAGUUCUCUGCGCUUCGUGAGUUCUCAGGAGAGAACAUUGCUUUCCUCACCAGCCUUGCGGAGUGGAAGAACUCGCUGCCAACGGUUCUGAAGGAUCCCAGAGCUCCCCGGGAUGGCAACUCCAAAGACCUUCUCCGUGAACACUUCAACCGUGCCUUGCAUAUUUACGCCGAUUUCAUCAGUGUCCGCCACGCCGAGUUCCCCGUGAACAUCUCCUCCAGUGACCUCAAGAAACUGGAGGAUGUCUUUGAACGCCCCGCUCGCCUUCUCUACGGCGAAGAGCGUGAGGCCGACCCCGUCAGUCCCUUCGAUAAGUUCACCCUCGAGCCCGCGUCACCCACUGUCUCCGAGAGCUCUGAGAAGGGUAUGACGAAUCGCAUUCGCAAUCGUGUUCACUACUGGGGCGAGAUUCCCGAACAAUUCGACGCAGAUGUCUUCCAGGACGCAGAGGCGAGCAUUAAAUACCUCGUCCUCACCAACACCUGGCCCAAGUUCAUCAAGGAUCGCAGGACCUCGAUUGAUUCUUUCGAGACCCUCAAGGCCAAGACGGAGGUUGUCUAG